AUGUAUCGAAGCAUCCGAGCCGUCUCUCGAGGCGCCAACUCGGCCUCGCAGGUCGCUUCCACCUCGCAGCUCCCCAUCGCAGCUCGCACUCUCCACACAAAGUCGGCGACCGCCUCGUUGAAGUCCAACAGCCUCGCGACAACCGGUAGCCAGCUCUUCCGCUCCCGCUUCUCCACCUCUGCGCUCCUCAAGGCUCCCGCUUCCACCCGCGUGGCCGGCGCUGCUGUCAAGGACAUCGAGCCAGCUGCGACAGGUCUCCAGAAAUGGAGCAAGUACCUCCCCAAGGUCGAGCGCUCCGACGUCAAGAAGGUUGUCCUCGUCGGCUCCGGCGGUCUAUCCAUCGGCCAGGCCGGUGAGUUUGACUACUCGGGCUCGCAGGCCAUCAAGGCGCUCAAAGAAUCCGGUAUCGAGACCAUCCUCGUCAACCCCAACAUCGCAACCAUCCAGACCUCGCAUCAGCUUGCAGACCAGAUCUACUUCCUCCCCAUCUCUCCCGAAUACGUAGCCUACGUCCUCGAAAAGGAACGUCCCGAUGGUGUCCUCCUCACCUUCGGCGGUCAGAGUGCCCUCAACGUCGGUGUCAAGCUCGACGAGAUGGGCGUCUUUGACCGUCUCGGCAUCAAGGUGCUCGGCUCCCAGGUCGAUGUCCUCCGAAUGUGCGAGGACCGUGACCUCUUCGUGCAAGCCCUCGACCAGAUCAACAUCCCCGUCGCCAAGUCCGAAGCCGUCUCCACCGUGCCUCAGGCGCUCAAGGCCGCUGCCGAGAUCGGCUACCCGGUCAUCGUUCGUGCCGCCUACGCCCUCGGUGGUCUCGGAUCCGGUUUCGCUGACAACGAGGACGAGCUGCGUGACCUUUCCGCCCGUUCGCUCUCGCUCAGCCCUCAGAUCCUGGUCGAGAAGUCGCUCAAGGGCUGGAAGGAGUCCGAGUACGAGGUGCUGCGUGACCAGGAGGACAACGCCAUCAUCUGCUGCAACAUGGAGAACUUUGACCCGUUGGGCGUUCACACCGGUGAUUCUAUCGUCGUCGCUCCCUCCCAGACCAUGUCGGACGACAACUACCACAUGCUCCGUUCCGCCGCCCUCAAGGUCAUUCGUCAUCUCGGUAUCGUCGGAGAGUGCAACAUCCAGUACGCACUCAGCCCCGACAGCCGUGAGUACCGUGUCAUAGAGGUCAACCCUCGUCUGUCGCGUUCCUCGGCUCUCGCCUCCAAGGCAACCGGAUACCCGCUCGCCUACACCGCCGCCAAGCUCGCUCUCGGAUACACCCUCCCCGAGCUGCCCAACUACGUCACGAAGAGCACUACCGCCUGCUUCGAGCCUGCACUCGACUACAUUGUCACCAAGAUCCCCAAGUGGGACUUGAGCAAGUUUCAGCACGUCAACCGUGAGAUCGGAUCCGCCAUGAAGUCGGUCGGUGAGGUCAUGUCCGUCGGCCGAACCUUUGAGGAAUCGCUCCAAAAGGCCAUCCGACAGGUUGCCCCUGCCUACGACGGCUUCGACGCCUACAUCGUGCCCGAGGAUCUCGACCAAGCCCUCGCUGUGCCCACCGACACGCGUCUGUUUGCCAUCGCCUACGCCAUGCUCGUCAAGAACUACGACGUCGAGAAGCUCCACGAGCUGACCAAGAUCGACAGGUUCUUCCUCUACAAGCUCGACAACAUCGUCACCAUCAACCGCCAGCUCGAGAAGCUCGGCUCGCUCUCCGCCGUCGACAAGGAGCUCAUGAAGCUCGCCAAGCAGCGUGGUUUCUCUGACCGACAGAUCGCCAAGCUCACCAACUCGAAGGAGCACGAGGUUCGCGCUCACCGCAAGGCGUUCGGUCUCACCCCCUUCGUCAAGCGUAUCGACACGGUCGCCGCCGAGUACCCUGCUCAGACCAACUACCUCUACACCACCUACAACGCCACCACCCACGACGUUGAGUUCGACAACGACGGUACCAUGGUGCUCGGUUCCGGUGUGUACCGUAUCGGAAGCUCGGUCGAGUUUGAUUGGUGCGCCGUCACCUGCGCCCGAAAGGUGCGUGGCAUGGGUCACAAGACCAUCAUGAUCAACUACAACCCCGAGACCGUCUCGACCGACUUCGACGAGGCCGACCGACUCUACUUUGAGGAGCUCGGCUUCGAGCGUGUCAUGGACAUUUACGAGCUCGAGGGCGCCACUGGUGUGGUUGUCAGUGUCGGUGGACAGUUGCCACAGAACAUCGCCUUGCGACUCAAGGACACUGGUGUCAAUGUUCUCGGAACCGACCCAUUGAUGAUCGACUCUGCUGAGGACAGGCACAAGUUCUCGCAGAUCUUGGACAACGUCGGUAUCGACCAGCCCGAGUGGACCGAGGCGACGUCGGUGGAGAAGGCAAAGGAGUUCGCUGCCAAGGUGUCGUACCCCGUUCUCGUACGACCUUCUUACGUGCUCUCCGGAGCAGCGAUGAACGUGAUCUGGGACGAAUCCACCCUCGAGCACCACCUGACUGCUGCAGCCGAGGUCAACACCGACUACCCCGUCGUCAUCACGAAAUUCAUCGAUAAUGCGCAGGAGAUCGACGUCGACGCCGUCGCUUACAAGGGCGAACUCCUCGUCCACGCCGUUUCCGAACACGUCGAGAACGCAGGUGUCCACUCCGGAGACGCAACGCUGGUGCUCCCGCCCUUCUCGCUGGAUCCCAACGAUCUCUCGCGUCUCAAAGUGAUCGCACAAAAGGUCGCAAAGGCGUUCAACAUCUCUGGUCCGUUCAACAUGCAGAUCAUCCGCAAGCCCACUGAGUCGGGUGAGACCGAGGCGGCCCUCAAGGUGAUCGAAUGCAACCUGCGUGCCUCCCGAUCGUUCCCCUUCGUAUCGAAGGUCUUGGGCGUCAACUUUAUCGACAUUGCGACCAACGCGAUCGUGGGUAAGGAUGUGCCGGAGCCGGUGGAUCUGAUGGCGCAAGAGAGGGACUACGUGGCGAUCAAGGUGCCGCAAUUUUCGUGGACUAGGUUGGCGGGUGCGGACCCGUACUUGGGCGUCGAGAUGGCGUCUACGGGUGAGGUGGCGAGUUUCGGCAAGGAUCUGUACGAAGCCGCCUGGGCGAGCAUUGCCAGUCAGACGGCAUUCCGCGUUCCGCAAGCCAACACGGGAGUUCUUAUGGGUGGCGACGUCACCAAGCCUCAAUUCGCCCGUAUCGCCAAGAAGCUCUUUGACCUAGGCUUCAAGCUGUACUGCUCCGACCCCGAGGUCGAGACCUUCAUCAACUCGCUCGAGGAUGUGCGCGCAAAACGCAUUCGCUUCCCCGUCAAGGACAAGCGCAAACUCCGCGAGGUCUUUGACGAGCACGAGAUCAACUUUGUCGUCAACCUCGCCAAGUUCCGCGGCCGCGAUCUGCUGGAUCAGGACUACGUGGCUAGGCGCAACGCGGUGGAUUUCGGCAUCCCGCUGUUGAACGAGGCUAGGAGCGCGGAGCUGUUCGUGGAUGCGCUGGCGGCUAGGAUGCCACACGGCUGUCUGAGGGGCUACGAGGAGGGGAAGAUCCCGAGCGAGGUCAAGCCCUGGAAGUACUUUGUCAAGGAGGAGGCGCAGGCAGCGCACAAGUAA